AUCACUGGUGUUUUUAAAUUUCAAUCAUAAAUUACUUCAAUACACAAGUUAUUUGAAGUUGUUUUAAUUUAUUUCAGGCCACAUAAAUAUUUAAUAAAAUAUGUCUGGGGACCAAAAAGAAAGAAAAAGGAAGGAAAGUAUCUUAGAUUUGUCAAAAUAUUUAGACAAAGCUAUCAGAGUCAAAUUUUCUGGCGGAAGAGAAGCUGCUGGUGUAUUAAAGGGAUAUGAUCCACUUCUGAAUUUGGUUUUAGAUGAUACAACAGAAUAUAUGAGAGACCCCGAUGACCCUUAUAAGUUAACUGAUGAAACAAGGAUGCUUGGUUUGGUUGUGUGCCGUGGAACAUCGGUUGUUCUUAUAUGUCCAGUUGAUGGUAUGGAGAGUAUACCAAACCCUUUCGUUCCACAAGAAUCAUAAAUAAUGGACUAAUUCUAAGUUUAAGAAGAUUAAGUUCUUUCAUACUUAUGUAAAUGAAAAGAAUUUACUUUAUUUAGCUUUAAAAAACUGUUUGUUUAUAAACAUGUAUAUAUAUUAAAAAUCUCCAUUUUUAUUGAGAAGAUAAUAAAUAAUAAUUUUCAGUUA